AUGGCCCGUGAGACCCACCGUUCCCAGAAAUUACUUGAGCCACUGUUAGAAGAUGGAGUCUCCUCUGAGAAGUCAAAAUCGCUUGUCCCGGUCGGUGUCGGGAUUGGGGUCGUCGAUGAUGUACGCCUCGCUCUACUAGAUCGUCGCAUGAUAGCAAAUCGAGGUAGCAGUAGGGCAGCAUCCGUCCCCACCGAGCUCGCCAAUAGGACAACACCAAUUCUGCACACCAUCCGACUCGCAGUCAUAGCCAACGUAGCAACAGGUGUUACUGUUGGCGCACAUGUAUGA